AUGCGCACCAAAGCCGAAGUCCUGAAGGAACAUUAUCCGGAAGGGUAUGCGGAUGACCAAGAACUCUUUCGCUUGAAAUAUAAGUUUUUAGAAGUCGAGGUACCCAAACCUUGGAUCGUUACGAAAUCCCCGUACGAAGCCCCCGAGCAUCCGGAUAUACCUUCAGUAGACGAAAUUGAAAAAGCAAUGGAAGAGAACCGAUUGACUCAACGUUACGGACACCACGAUGUAUGCAGAAUUGGUAAUUGCGUGGUUAAAGGAGGCCCACAGCACACUAUACUGCUGGAAGCUGAGAACCUAUUAUUUCUACAGGAGCAUUCCAAAGUCCGGACGCCGAAGGUGUAUGCCUUUUUCUCAGUGCCCAAAGAACCAUAUGACAUCCACUAUUUGGUCACCGAGUUCAUCGAAGGCGAGCAUAUCUACGGAGAAAAGUGGGACGCUCUGGACGAUGAGGCGCGGGAGAUCAUUUGCUCAAAGAUUUCAGAGCAGUUCCGACUACUCCGAGCUGUUCCAUCCGAAGGAUACUACGGUCGAGUCUACCACCAAGCCUUCCCAAGCGCCCUCAGUCUCUGCAGGAUCCGCGAGAGCAACUCUGGUCCCUAUGACUCCUACGAGGACCUCGUUUCAGCCAUGUAUGCUUCUGCUGAGUUGCGCGCAGCAGAUUCAGUGACCAUCAAUGUAGCUGACCAUCAUCCCCACACACUGGGCCUCCUGUCUAAGUUUAAACCACUUUUAGCCAGAGCAACGGGUUAUAAACCUACGCUUACUCACAUGGACGCCGGACCCGUUAAUUACCUUGUUCGAUCUAUUAAAGGAGUUGGAGGAAAGGUAGUGGAUUGGGAAGUUGUUAUAAUUGAUUGGGACAGUCUUGUAUGGCUACCAGCAUUUGUUCAAGCGGCGAGAAUGGAUCCAUUUUCGUAUGCCGAGGGUUGGGAGCAGGUGUUGCAGAAGAUAGCAGGAGGCUUUGAUGAUCCUUUCACAGAAGAGAGGGAUUUUAUUGUUCACGACUUAACAUUUUACGAGCUUUAG